AAGCAGUAACCAAAACAGAGAAUCAAAACAAUGGCUUUCUUCCCCGCCGCGACAUCUCUUCUCCUCCUCGUCCUCUCUGUUUCCUCUCCUUAUGUUCAUGGAAACAUUGUACCAGCCGACGAGUGCACCACCCUUGUUGUUACCCUGUUACCAUGUGUAUCAUUUAUAACGAUCGGGAGUACGGUGGAUACACCCUCAAGUUCGUGCUGCUCCAGUCUCAAGAAUAUUCUCGAUACGAAACCGGAAUGUCUAUGCGAGGGGUUGAAGAACAGUGCCUCUUACGGAAUCAAACUUAACGUUACUAAGGCUACUACUCUUCCCGUUGCUUGUAAAGUUAAUGCUCCUCCGGCGUCAGCUUGUGGUGCAUGUUAGAUUUCUCCUUCAUCUCUCUGUUUUUCUUCUUGAUUUUUAUGGAUUAUGAUCCUUACGAUAAAUCAGAUUAAUAGAG